AUGGUGUCCCUUAUGCUGGCCAAUGUUAUGCUUCAGUCUUUAUUUUUCAUUUCUAUGCAUAAUAAAGCUGAGAACUCAGCCUCCGACUACCCCAACCUCGUCCAGUAUGUAGUUUUCCUUUUUAUUUCUAAAAAAGACAAAAAGUCAGACACAGACUACCGGAAGCUCGUGGCGCCGCUGACAAUGUUCUUGAUGGCCAUUGCCUACGUGGCCGGGCUGAGCACGCCGGGUGGAUUCUGGGACAGCGCCGAGGGAGGCCACCAUCCAGGCGACGGCAUUCUGCACGGCGUACUCCUGCGCUUGUUCUCCUGGGGCAACAUUGGGGCAUUCGUUUCAUCCCUGUACGGGGUCUUUCUCAUUUUGGGCAGGGGACUGCAAGUUAAAUUGGCGGGGUUUUACAUGAAGACUGCGCUGGUUGGCCUCAUCAUUUCGUACACCGUCGGCAGCAGCAGGGGGCGCCACACUACCGUCAAUGUGAUCUGCAGCCUAUGCGCGGCCGUUGGCGCGUACAUCAUGUUACAUAUGCUUGUCAUGAAAGCCAUCCGUGGCUCGCGCUUCUGGCCAAACGAUUUUUGCCAUAAAGUGACAAGAUGGUUGGAACGGGGCAGUGACAACAACACAGAGCAAGCCCCUCCGACUCCGGGGACAUCUGACAAUAACGGAGACCAAGUCCCUCAGGCUCAGGGUACAUCUGACAAUAACGGAGACCAAGUCUCUCAGGCUCAGGGGACAUCUGACAAUAACGGAGACCAAGUCCACGACAAGAAAAGAGAGCAACGGCAACGGCAACGUCGCCUGGCUUCUCUCGUGCAACUGCUGGCCGGUCUUGCGGUGUCCAUCACUUACCAAGCUGGGCUGUAUCCGCCGGGUGGCGUUUGGCAGGACGGCCACAUGGCUGGUGAUCCCAUACUCCUAACGACCAACGCCGGGAGGUAUAAAGCCUUCUUCUACUGCAACACGGUUGCCUUUGCGGCCUCAUUGCUUGCCAUCUUUCUGGCCCAGAAAAGUUACCUGAACGAGCACCACGCACUGCAAGCGGCCAUGAUAUUGCACUUGCUUGGCCUCAUCGUCGCAUAUGCAAUCGGGAGCUGCCGGGACCAAAUAUCCUCCAUGUAUGCCGUGGGCAUAGCUGGUGCCGCCGUGGUCUACGUGGUCGUCCACGUUCAAUACUUCACGCUGGGCAGCGAAGAUGAAGCGCCGGUUGUUCUCAAUAAGGAAAAAGAUGAUGCGUUGGUGGACAAGAAGGGACACCGUUUCCUCCUCUUCGCAAUCCUGGUCGCCAGCAUCACUUACCAAGCCGGCUUGACCCCACCGGGCGGCUUCCUGCUCCAGGACGACAUCCAGUCCGGGCACCGUGCGGGCGACCCAGUUCUCCUCUACAACUAUCCACGCCGCUACAAGGCCUUCUUCUACUGCAACUCGGUGAGCUUCAUGUUGUCCACCGUCCUCAUCUUACUCCUCGUCAACCCGAAUAUGUACAGGCCAGCCAUACGAAGCCAUGCCUUGUCUCUCUGCUCUGCGGUGAGCUUCAUCUGUCUUAUCGGUGCCUUUGCUGCCGGAAGCACGCAGCAUCUGAGAACAUCCUUCUACAUCUUCGUGUUGGCGGCUGUGGCCGUCUUCGUAUGUCUACUCCUACUGCUCACCAUAUAUUUGCUGGGGUGGCUGACGGAAGAGGAAGAGGAGAGAAUGUCGGAAGAUGAAGACACCGACAUGGAAAAUGAAGACGCCGACAAGGAAAAUGAAGUCCCCGACAUGGAAAAGAAGAUAUACCUCAUGACUCUAGCAAUUCUUGUGGGGAGUGUCACCUAUCAAUCCGGCCUGGACCCGCCAGGCGGAUCUUGGCAGAGCACCGGCGACGGGCACGACGCGGGCAACCCAGUGAUGCAUGGCAACAGGAGGAACCGGUACCUCGCAUUCCUCUACGGGAACUCCACCUCCUUCUUGGCGUCCAUUUAUCUCAUCGAGCUUUUGCUCUUCAGCAUGUCGUACCCCGAGUGCAACUGGUUGAAAACGGCGAUAGAACCGACGGUCGUGGUGCAGUUCCUUGGAUUCUUAGUGGCCUACGCAGCUGGCUCCAGCAGGCAGUGGAAGACGUCUGCGCAUGUUGGUACACUUGUCAUCGCCGUGCUGGCCUAUGUCGCCACCCAUGUGAUGCUGUCAAACUGCAGAACAAGAGCCCGGAAGGGAACCAAAGACAAAAAUGUCUCUCCCACAGUGAGUUAA